AUGAAUGGCUCCGACUCUAAGGGCCUCGACGAGGAUGCCUUUGGAGAAAAGUCUGGCCUCUCAGGGGUAAAGGCCUUUGACGCUUUCCCCCGCCUAACAAUUCCCUCUCCAGCCAAAACGAAAGCCUCCUACACCACUCCUUCCGCUCGAGGCGGCCAAUGGACCGUCCUAAUCCUCCUCGUCUGUACCCUCUUCAGCUUCUCCGAGUUCAAAACAUGGUGGCGCGGCUCCGAACACCACCACUUCAGCGUUGAAAAGGGCGUCUCGCACGACCUCCAACUCAACCUCGACAUAGUCGUCAACAUGCCAUGUGACACCCUCCGCGUCAACAUCCAGGAUGCCGCCGGCGACCGCAUCCUCGCAGGCGACCUCCUCAAGCGCGAAGAUACGAGCUGGCAGCUAUGGAUGCAAAAGCGCAAUUACGAGACCUCCGGCGGUGCGCACGAGUACCAGACUCUCAGCCAUGAGGACGAUGAGAGAAUUAGCGCCCAGGAGGCAGAUGCCCACGUGCACCAUGUUAUUGGGGAAGUCCGCCGGAACUCAAGACGCAAGUUUGCCAAGGGGCCGCGUAUGCGCUGGGGCGAGACUGCGGAUUCUUGUCGGAUUUAUGGAAGUCUUGAGGGAAAUAAGGUCCAAGGUGAUUUCCACAUCACGGCGAGAGGCCAUGGGUAUCGAGAGAUGGCGCCGCAUCUGGAUCAUUCAGCGUUUAAUUUCUCGCACAUGAUUACCGAGCUCUCCUUCGGUCCUCACUAUCCGAGUCUGCUGAACCCUCUCGACAAGACUAUUGCGGAAAGCGAUAGCCACUAUUACAAGUUCCAGUAUUUCCUCUCCGUGGUGCCGACGCUGUAUUCCAAGGGCAGAAACGCACUUGAUGCAUACACCUCGAAGACGCGACCUGGACGAAACACCAUCUUCACAAACCAGUAUGCAGCAACGAGCCAGAGUGGUCCGAUCCCCGAAACGCCGAUGCUCGUUCCGGGCAUCUUCUUCAAGUAUAAUAUUGAACCGAUCAUGUUGCUGAUCAGUGAAGAGCGAACUGGGUUCUUGGCUCUGGUCAUUCGUGUCAUUAACACUGUCUCGGGUGUGCUUGUCACUGGUGGCUGGAUUUAUCAAAUUUCGGGGUGGAUUGGCGAGUUCUUAAUCAAGAGACGGAGGCAGACGGAGGGUGUAUUGACGGGGAAGCAUUAUUCGGAUUGA